AUGAACUAUAUGGAUUGUGGUUAUGAUACUCAGCGGUCAUUUGAUGCUUCGAUGAACAAUCCGUCCAAUAAUCAGCAGAGUUACGCAUCUGGGGACGCGAAGGAUGGGGAAACAUGUAUUAGUGAAAGUCGGAUCUCCAUGAUGGACAGCUCUUCCAUAAAUAUGCACUUUACACAUUCUACUGUAGGAUCCCACUCAGGAUCUAAUUUUUUGUUGCCUUCCAACCCCAAUUCAUGUUAUCUACAAGCUGGGCUUGACAUAAUGGGCGGCAAUAAUCAUUCAGACUCUUUCUCAAUGCCACGAACUGUCAAUUGGUCGGAAACUACUCCACGAAGGCAAAUGGUUAGCGAUCUGGUUAGAAAUGGCCAGGAUGACGCAUCAAAUGUGGGUCCUGGUGUUACAGCAUCCCCAUCAGUUUUAAUGUCGGCGAGAGGAGUUUCAAAUAGAACUAAAAACAGCAGUUUUGACACCAGUUUUGAAACGUUUGCGAGCCGAAACGGUAACAACGGUAACAAUGCCCUCUGCUACGGAGAAGCGAUAGUGAAUUCUGGUACCAAUGACUCGAACAGCGAAGUAAUUAAAUCUUUGAACUUGAGACUUCAAGUCAAGGAAACACAGAAUGAGAGUUUAGAGAGUGAGAUACAAAAAUUGAAAAAAACGUUUAACGAAGCUUUGAAUUUCAAGCAGUCAGAACAUAAGUUUGAAAAGCAGAACUCUCACGCCGGCUCCACUCCUAUAGAGGUUCCCACAAGCGUAGAGCAAGUAUUUAAGAAACUGUCGUCCUCAUUGGAAAAGAAAGAUAAGGAGCUAGAAGAGACUAAGCAAACCUUAGAAAGUGUUUUAACUGCUUUGGCGCUAAAUCCGACAAAUUCUGUUACGAAAUAUGGAAGAUACGACGCUGAAGCGCUAGCUCACAAGAUGGUAGUGAGACUUGAGACACUGACCAAAGAGAAUCAAGAAAUGGCCAAGAUGCUGGCAUAUGGUCGUGCCAAGGAAGUACAAAUUGAGCUACAACUUGCAAGGAUGGAGAACAGGGAACUCAAGGACACUGUCUCCAAACUAAAACAAUCCAACGAGACAUAA